AUACAUCUUUAAACAAAAAUAUUAAAAAAAAAUCGAAUUAUUGAUAUUUAUAAAAAAAUUCAAAAUGGCCGCCAUCCUUUGACUUUGACACUCCAUAACUCCCGAACAAAUCAUGCUAGGAAGUUGAGGUGAGUAUUUGUGACGUCAUAGAAGGCUACUCUAUUAAAAUAUAACACAAAAAUUAAAAAAAAAAAAUAAAAAAAAAAAAUUUAAAAAAAUAGGCCACUCAAAACUUCUUAUGUGGAUAUCUCGAGAACUACUCAUCCUACGAAGUCGAGAUUGGUAUCGUUGAAGUUGGGAGAGCUACCUCUAAUAGAAAAUGAAGGAAAAAACAAUAUUUUCUUACAAUUAAAAAAAUUCAAUAUGGCCGCCGUAAGUUUUAUCCUGCUCACACUUUCAACACCUAUAACUUAAGAACGAAUCAAAUUAUUGAAGUGAAAAUUCUUCCUUUGAACAGUGUAAAUACAUCUUUAAACAAAAAUAUUAAAAAAAAAUCGAAUUAUUGAUAUUUAUAAAAAAAUUCAAAAUGGCCGCCAUCCUUGGACUUUGACACUCCAUAACUCCCGAACAAAUCAUGCUAGGAAGUUGAGGCGAGUAUUUUUGUCGUCAUAGAAGGCUACUCUCUUAAAAUAUAACACAAAAAUUUAAAAAAAAAAAUAAAAAAAAAAAUUUUUAAAAAAAUAGGCCACUCAAAACUUCUUAUGUGGAUAUCUCGAGAACUACUCAUCCCACGAAGUCGAGAUUGGUAUCGUUGAAGUUGGGAGAGCUACCUCUAAUAGAAAAUAAAGGAAAAAACAAUAUUUUCUUACAAUUAAAAAAAUUCAAUAUGGCCGCCGUAAGUUAAUCUUUGAGACUGCAUAACUUGAGAAUGAAUCAUCGUAGCAACUUGAGAGUGAUGUUAUUAUUCUCAGGGAAUGCAGAUCUAUCAGAAAAUACACUAAAAACAUAAAAAACAAAAAAUCGAAAAAUAAAAAAAAAAAAAAUUUAAAAAAAAUGUUUUUUAAAAAAAAAAAAAAAAAAAAAGGCAACCUAAACUUUACGGACACCAGAUUUAAAUUCCUCACGAAAGCGACCUUCCUUUCACAACAUAAUAAUUUCCUCCUUUGAGGAAGGUCAGCUACUUCUUUUAUAUAAAGAUCAGUAUUAAGGAUAUUUUUUUAUCAGUACAUAUUCAACGUUCACCUUAAUCAGACCUCUUGUAAAGUCUACUGAAGCAAGUCUUCUCGCUCAACUCACACCACGCACACUCCAUCAACCUUCAAUGAAUACCCCCACCAUCGUGAAGUCCACAACACUCAACUCUCCACACUUCAGAGAACCAUUGCCUUCCACUUCAACCCGCUUAAAAUUACCUCAUGGAAUGGAUGAAUUAUUAACAAGGAACUCAGCCGAAGACAGAAGUGUUACGAAAGAUCAAUUUACAUUACUAAAUUUGGAAAAAAUUAAAAUGCGCAGAAGAAUACGUCAGAGAAACAUAACAAGAAUUCAACUUCCUGAUAUUCCAUUACCUGGAGGACCUCGAAAACCCACACGUCCAGCUCCUAUUCCUACUUCCAAGGUGAAUAAAGAACUUAGAAAAAACUUGGACAAGCUAUGUUUCUGUAUAAAGUGUCAGGAGAAGAAUCUGGAUUUCUUCCAGGAUCAGAUUUCACAAUUCUCUUCAUUGACGUAUGAAAAUUAUCGUCUACAAUCAAGGUCAAUAAAUUCUUCAUCAUAAAUCAAUACCAGGAUACAAACACUACAACAAAAUCGAGGAAGCAGAGGUUUUACAUCAGCGGGAAGGAUCGUGACUGCAAUCAUGAAACUGACCUUCAUGAAUAUGAACGGAGGAGGGAGCAACAGCGGUAUAUAAAGAGUCACAUCACCUCAGUAUUCUUUCAGUGUAAAUUGGAGUUCGCUCUGUAAACUCUCUUAGUUAGCGUGUGCCUUAAACUAAUUUAGUAAUUCCAUCUUUAGUGUUCCGUUCUUCCAUCAUGAUUAAAGCCCUGGACUCAAGUUUUCAAGAAAUGUUCGUGUUUGAAGUGACACAUCAAAGCACGACGAAUGACAUCAUUUCUUUUCUGAUUGCGGUACGUAAGGAAGUUAUUACCUUUUUAUCUCAUGUGCUACGAACAUCUGGUUGUCAAUUCAAACUAAGUCUUGCUUUGGAGUGUGAAUAUGAACAUCUCGUUACAAAAGAGAGAAAAGAUAUACAACACACAGCUGACAUCCUAUCAUUGCUGACGGAGAGCGAUGUCGAAAACAAGUUCGAUACUUCUGUCAGUAAAAUAUUACGAGCGGAGACUGAAUUUGAAACCAACAAGAGCCAAUGGACUAUCCUUACAUGCAAUCGCCUCAUUAUCACUCUCUAUCGCUUUAUCCCUCUUACAGGAGGCCGAAAUUGCACGCUAGAGAAGAUUAAAAGCUGCAAAUCAAUUGUGAAUCUUGAAGACGGAGGUAAUCGCUGUUUCAUGUACGCAAUAUGCGGAAAUUUUCUGAAAGCUAAAGAUAGAAGUAAAAUUAUUAAUUACGAGAAGAAUGCGGAAUUAAAAAAACGUUACAAGUGGUUGGAGUUUCCUAUGAAGCUGGACAGUAUUCCUGAGUUUGAAAAAAUAAACAAUAUCUCUAUAAACGUAUUUACUAUCGACACUUCUACUUCCUCUAUUUAUCCAUUAAGAAUCGCGAGGAGGGAACUACAAGAUCAUAGGGAUCUAUUUUUCUAUGAUUCUCAUUUUAUGCUCAUAACGAAAUUUGACGCAUUUAUAAGCUAUAUGAAAGAUGUAAAGCACACCAGAAACGUCUUUUGUAAACGCUGCCUUCAACGCUUCCCAGGACGAAAGAAGAGGGACGAACAUUUUGCUUACUGUUCCGGAAUCGUCGUUCGAAAUGGGAGCCCUGAAUCUACCAUACCGAAAGUCAUUUUGGAGAAGAAUGCUGUCACAGAAAUUCAUUCUCCUCCAGAGGAAAGCUUUAGAAUUUGCAUUCUCCUUGGUCAAGAAGAGGACGAUUAUGACUGGACAAGUUUCCGCCAUUCCAACAUGAGCGUGCAAGAUGUGAAUCGGUUUGAAAAGCAAAAUCCAGUGUUUAACAUCAACCUUUUUUCUUUCAACGGGAUGAAUGCUAACAUCAUACCACUCAAAACCACUUCUAUUAUUGAUGUCUCCUCUAAGAUUCAGAAGGACUUACUCAUGAUACGCACGGAGCAAGGAACAUUUUUCCAUAUUAUUCAUGACUUAUCUAGACUUCUUACCGCACAACAUAGUACUCACAACGGUAAAAGAUUUUAUUGUAGACGCUGUCUAAGCAGUUACACUUCAGAAGAACGACUGGAGAACCACUUGGAGCUGUGCAAGGACAAUCCAAUCGGGAAAGCGAUUGUACCCCGGAAGGGUUCCGAAGAGAGCAUUCUCACAUUCAAGAAAUAUCAUCAGAGACAACACAUCCCUGUGAUACUUUACGUUGACUUUGAGACGUUACUUAAACCGAUUGACGAACAAUAUGGAGCGAAUCUUUCUAGUGUUCGCUAUCAAAAACACGAAGCUUCAGCCUUCUGUCUCUACACAGUCUCCACCUAUGAACCGGACAAACAACCGAUUGUCUACAGAGGACCUGAUGCAGCACAAGUUUGUUUAAAAUAUAUAGAAGCGGAAGUUGAUCACGCCUUCGACUUGUAUAAAAUAAACAAACCAAUGAAUAUAACACCCCUGGAGAGAUUCAAAAUAUUAUCUAACGCAAAAGACUGUUUCAUUUGUGGAGGCAAAUUCAAUGGUGAUGCUGUGAUCGAUCACGAUCAUUUCACAGGAGAAGUUCGAGGUGUGGCUCAUUCAAGAUGUAAUUUAUUAUACAAGAGACCGACCUUCGUGCCUGUGAAUGCACAUAAUUUACCUUACGAUCUAAGUGGCCUGCUCCAAGGGAUGGCAGGGAGUCAACAAGCUAUAACCGUCAUACCAACAACAGAGGAAAAGUAUAUCGCAGUUUUUCGAAAAACAACUAAGGGAAACGAAUAUAGAUUCAUAGACACUUACCGCUUCAUGCAAUCGUCACUUAAGAAUUUAAUCGAUAUUCAAACUGAAGACACCUUUCAGCAUACAAAAAAACAUUUUCCAUCUAACUUACUCAGUCUUUUACGUCGUAAAUGUGUGUAUCCUUACGAUUAUAUGAAGUCAUGGGAAACUUAUGAGGAAACAACACUGCCGAAGAUUGAAGAUUUCUAUAAUCAUUUGAAUAAGGAGGAGCUCACCGAGGAGGAUUAUCAACACGCUCAAGCUGUGUGGCGAGAAUCUAAAGUGAAAAAUUUGGGAGAGUACACAGACCUCUACGUCAAGGCUGAUUGUUUGUUUCUUGCAGACAUAUUUGAGAAGUUCCGAAGCACGUUCGAGAGGGAAUAUCAUCUGGACCCUGCAUGGAGUUUGACGCUACCCUCGUUUGGAUUACAGGCCUUUCUUUCUACCAGCAAAGUAAAAAUUGAAUUAUUAACAGAUCUGAACCAGAUUUUCAUGUUUCAUAAAGGUGUGAGGGGCGGUUUCGCUUGCGUCACACAUCGUUACAGUGAAGCGCUAAAUAAAUACCUGGGACACACUUUAACAGAAGGUGAUUGUAGCAGACAAAUCAUAUUACUUGACGCCUGUAAUCUUUAUGGGUACGCGAUGGGUCAAUAUCUCCCAAUGCACUCUUUCACAUGGAUGACGAAGGCGGAGUUGAACACCUUUGACGUAGUUAAGACUAAUAAUAACGAUCCAUGGGGAUUUCUGUUGGAAGUAGACCUUCAUUACCCGAAGACUCUCCAUGAUUUACAUGCGGACUUACCAUUCUGUCCUGAAGUUAAAACACCACCCAGAUCAUCUCAAACCAAACUCUUGGCGACCCUCUGGGAUAAGAAGAAUUACGUCAUCCAUAGUCGAGCCUUGAAACAAGCAGUCCAGCACGGACUAAUCAUAACUAAAAUCCAUAGGGGAAUCAAAUUUCGACAACUACCAUUCGUUCGAGGUUUCGUAGAAAAGACUACGAAACUCCGACAACAGUCGAAAAACGCCUUUGAGAAGGAUUUAUUUAAACUUCUGGUUAACAGUCAGUUUGGUAAAUUUCUUGAGAGCGUUCAGAAGCGAAUGGAGGUCGAGGUUGUUACAAACUCUCAAAGAUUUCGAAAAAUCGUUCGAGAUAAUUUUUUCAAAAAAGCUUCGAUUUUUAAUCGCGAUUUAGUUGCAGCCCACCGAAGCAGGAAGUAUGUGAAGUACGACAAGCCUAUUUUCAUUGCUCAAGCUAUUCUGGACAUCGCUAAAGAACACAUUUAUCAUUUUUGGUAUGACGUGUUGAAACCUCGUUACGGAGAAGACAUAACUUUGUUACUAACGGACACAGAUAGUCUUCUCUUCGAGCUAAGAAAUCAUGACUUUUACGAAGACAUGUUGACGUAUAUUGAUGAAUUUGACACCUCUGACUAUCCGAGGAAUCAUCCUGCUUACUCUGAGAAGAAUAAAAAAGUAAUCGGAAAGUUUAAGGAAGAGUACAAUGGCGUUCCCGUGAAGACUUUUGUCGGUUUGCGUGCUAAGAUGUAUGCGAUUGAAUCAAUCGACGAUGAAAAGAAACGAGCUAAAGGAAUAAAGAAAUCCGUGGUAAAGAAUGAGAUAACAAUCCAAGACUAUAAAGAUUGUUUGUUUUCCAAGAAAGACUUUACUCACGAACAGAGAUCCAUCGUUAGUAAGAAACUUGUCAUGUACAGUAUUAAAACGAAGAAGAAGUCUCUCUCAACUUUUGAUGAUAAGCGAGUGAUCCUACGAGAUGGGAUUUCUAGCUUACCUCAUGGACACUAUGCUGUUGAGAAUCAUCGGAGUUUACUGAAGAGGGUCCACGAGGAACUGCUACAGAUGAUACCACCAUGCAUCAAGAUGGAGACUUCGGAUUGUAAAAAAAGAACGACUAGGAAAAACGGCGCUCGAAGAACAAAAAGGAAGAAUACACCGAUCGAGGAAGAUAAGGAGGUCAAGAAGAGGAGGGUUUUGCGGAGUGAGGAGGAAGGAACGAUCAAAGACGAAGAUGUAAACACCGAGACAAGUAGAAAGCGAAAAAUCUUCGCUGACUUGGAACAUGACAACAGCAAGAAAAAUAAGUCCUCGUUUCCUGAUCAUGAUGAAGCAGGAAAUACUCUUAAACUGGUGAACGAAGAAGGAAAAUGGAAGGUAAUUAAUGAUGCAGUGGUGAAACAGGAAGACUUGUUCGAGGUUAAAACCGAGCCUAUGAUCGAGGAGAAGCAGGAAGACCCGCUCGACUUGUCGAUGGAGGUCAAAAAGGAGGUUUAAAUACUUAACUAAAACAGCUCAAGAACAACACUUCGUAUUCACACCUCGAAGUCUCAAGAUGGAUACUCAAAUGAACGAGAUCAUACUGGAUAUGCAAGGAUUCCUCGGAUCUGACAACCAAUUCAUCUGCAAAGAGCUAGCGGUGACUUCCUUUUUCGGACAUUUUAUGGAACAUCACGUCUUUCAGACUCCACCGCAAAAAAUUUACAAGUCUGCUUGGAAUCACAUGACGUCAUACUCAGGACAUAUGGAGAAUUGGGAUGAUGGUGACGUACCUCACCAUCGAAUCUCAGCCAUACUCCAGCGAAUCAUACAAGGAACUUCGAAAAUUUACGUUGAAGGAAGAGAAAACAUCAAGAACAUACUCCAAUAUUUAAAAACUCAUAUUCCGCUAACGCAAGGUCGACCGCUACCCAAGGUAAUAGGUAUAAUUGAUCCUAACGAAAAGAAAUACGAAAUAUCUUGCUUCCUGAAACAUAAAAAUUGUGCAUUAAACAACGUCGUCAAUUUACGGUAUCUCUUAGCUGAACCGCACGAAGAGCUUCAAGAUAUCAUAGCAGAAGAAAGGAGAGGGGACAUGAUGGGAGGUCUACUAUAAAGAAUAUAAAACGAGUGUUUCUCUCCAUUUGUAUCAGUCACAGCGAAGCAGUCUACGCGAACAAGCAUCAUGGAGAUACCAGUAAAAGUUCAGAAGUCAUACUACGAUCAGGACAUACCAUCACCUUCCUUAGCGACUCCAGGAGCAGCAGGAGUAGAUCUACAUGCUGCUGUUAAGUCUACGACUGUUAUUCCACCAAACACCUCCUCCCUUAUAAAUACUGGAUUGCGAUUUCAAUUACCUCCGAAUACGAAAGCUGAGAUUAGAGGACGUUCCAGCCUCGCCGCCAUGCAAGUGUUCGUUCAUAACGGGCUGAUAGAUCAGGACUUUUUAGGUGAAGUGUGUGUAUUACUUUAUAACAAUUCAGCGAUUGACUACAUCGUCAAGAGAGGAGAUAGAAUCGCGCAAUUGGUUUUUUCUCCCCUCUAUCGACCCAUAUUCCAA